UAAACAACGGAUCGUCCUCCUCGCUGGUUCGUUGUUCUUCUCUCCCUCCCAGUAAGCACCUGUAAAUGCCUUAUCUUUCCUCUAAUCCUAACCCCUUAAAAAAAAAAUUCCAAUCUAACCAUGGCAGAACAAAGUGCCGUCUUGUCGUUUCGAAGCAGACCAAACCUGAAAACCUCACUGUGUACUCUCACUGAGCCCACGGACCAUGAGCCGCUGUGGAAGAGCGCGCAUCUCAGCUUCAGUGUCGAUGGUGGUGUUGGUAGUUAUGGAAGUUUUGGUAAUUUUGCCUCCAUUUCAAUGGCGGAAAAGGGAGAUAAGUUUGAGUUCGCUCCCAGUUCGGCUCAGCUGUUGAAGCAUCCGUUGGCUGUUCUUAGUUACGUGCCGAGAGACGCCGCGAUUUUUGUUGCCGGCGCAAUCGCUGGUACUGCGGCCAAGACUGCCACGGCUCCACUUGACCGUAUUAAGCUUCUUAUGCAGACUCAUGGUGUGCGGGCUGGGCGAGAAAGUGCUAAGAAGGCAAUUGGUUUCAUUGAGGCCAUAACAUUGAUAGGGAAAGAAGAAGGAAUAAAAGGGUACUGGAAAGGAAACCUCCCUCAGGUGAUUCGGAUCAUACCUUAUAGUGCUGUCCAACUCUUUGCUUAUGAAACUUACAAGAAACUGUUUGUGGGAAAGGAUGGUAAGCUCUCUGUUGUUGGAAGACUUGCGGCAGGUGCUUGUGCAGGCAUGACUUCCACUUUCGUUACAUACCCUUUGGAUGUUCUGAGACUACGCCUAGCAGUUGAACCAGGGCAUCGAACUAUGUCUGAGAUUGCCUUAAGCAUGUUACGUGAGGAAGGAAUUGCAGCAUUUUAUUAUGGUCUCAGGCCUUCUCUUAUUGGCAUUGCUCCAUAUAUUGCUGUGAACUUUUGCAUUUUUGACUUGGUUAAGAAGUCUUUGCCAGAGAAGUAUCGACAGACAGCUCAGUCAUCUUUGCUGACAGCUGUGGCAUCUGCUGGUGUUGCAACACUCACGUGUUAUCCUUUGGACACAAUUAGAAGACAAAUGCAAAUGAAGGGAACACCUUACAAGACAGUUUUGGAUGCCUUUCAAGGAAUCAUUAAAAGCGAUGGAGUUAUUGGCUUAUAUAGGGGUUUCGUGCCAAAUGCAUUAAAAAACCUACCAAAUAGCAGCAUUAGGCUUACUGCCUUUGACAUGGUGAAACGUCUGAUUGCAACUAGUGGGAUAGAGUUUCAGAAAAUUGUGGAGGAAAACCGUGAGAAACAAAGCCAAAAUGCCAAUAUUUGAACAAUCAUGAUAUGUGGAAUUAUGCUUUGUUGCGUUGUUGCCAUGAGUUUACGCAUGACCGACAUUCUUUAGCUGCGGGUGAAUAUAUAUCCUGGGGCUAUUCUUUUGCUAAAACUAUCAUUUGUGCAAGUCAGGCAACCAUUUCUGUUCAUUCCUUUUUAUCUUUUUCUAUAAAUUCACGGUCCACCAAAUAA